AGCAAUUCACAUUUUCACUUCUACAAAACCAAACCAGUCUUGUUGUAAGACUAGCAAUUCACCUUUAUACCCAUAUUAUCACAACAAAAGGUUGCAUUCUCAAAUAUUCGGCCCACAAAUACUAAACCAAGAAAACCAUGAGUCUUGAUAUCCGAUCGGGCCCUUCUCAUAAAACAAAAACCAUCAAAAAUCAAAUUUGCCAAAAUCCCCAAAACUACAUUUUUAACCUUCACAAUUUGUGUCAAAGUUGUCAACACUCAAUUGUAGUGGUCUACUUGUCUCAUCUUCACCACCAAUAUGCACCGAGCAACCAAUCUCCGGCGAUCAAUUUCCAACCUUCUCCGCCACCACCACCACCACUUUCACCGGCACAACGCCAACCCCACAAAUUCUCUCUCCUCCUUAACCCUUCGCCAUUUCUCUUCUCUCUCCUCCGACCAAACCUCCUCUUCCUCCGCCGCCGAAACCCGCAAAUACAUCGGCUACGCUCUCCUCCUCCUCGGCUGCGGCGUCGGAACUUACUACUCCUUCCCUUUGCCUGAAAAUGCCAAGCACAAAAAAGCCCAACUCUUCAAAUACGCCCCUCUUCCUGAUGAUCUUCAUACCGUCUCUAAUUGGAGUGGUACCCAUGAAGUUCAUACCCGUAAUUUCCUUCAACCCGAAUCGAUUUCGGACCUUGAAAAGCUUGUCAAUGAAGCCCAUCAAAAGUCCCAGAAGAUUCGGCCUGUUGGGUCGGGUCUUUCCCCAAAUGGGGUUGGGCUUUCUCGGGCUGGGAUGGUGAAUUUGGGUUUGUUGGAUAAGGUGAUUGAAGUUGAUAAAGAGAAGAAGACUGUUAGAGUUGAAGCUGGGAUUAGAGUUCAGCAGCUUGUUGAUCAGAUUAAGGAUUUUGGGCUUACUUUGCAGAAUUUUGCUUCUAUUAGGGAGCAGCAGAUUGGUGGCAUUCUUCAGGUUGGUGCACAUGGUACUGGUGCAAAAUUGCCACCUAUUGAUGAACAAGUUAUUGCCAUGAAACUGGUCACUCCUGCCAAGGGAAUUAUAGAGCUCUCAAAAGAGAAAGAUCCGGAGCUGUUUUAUCUUGCUCGUGUUGGUCUUGGAGGACUCGGAGUAGUAGCUGAAGUCACCCUUCAGUGUGUUGAUAGGCAGGAGCUUGUGGAGCACACCUACAUCUCUAAUAUGGAUGAGAUAAAGAAAAAUCACAAGAAACUAAUCUCUGAAAAUAAGCAUGUAAAGUACCUGUAUAUCCCAUACACGGAUGCUGUUGUUGUUGUGACGUGCAAUCCUGUAUCAAAGUGGAGACUUUCAAAGAAUUUCAAACCUAAAUAUACUAAAGAUGAAGCGCUUCAGCAUGUACGAGAUCUGUACAAGAAUUCAUUGGAGAAUUAUAGAGUAACUCCUGCAGAGAAUGAUCCAGACAUAAAUGAGCUUUCAUUUACGGAGCUUAGAGACAGACUUAUUGCGUUAGAUCCUGUGGAUGAAGAGCAUAUCAUUAAAGUGAAUCAAGCUGAAGCUGAAUUCUGGAGGAAAUCAGAGGGUUAUAGAGUGGGCUGGAGUGAUGAAAUCUUAGGUUUUGAUUGUGGUGGUCAGCAGUGGGUCUCAGAAACAUGUUUCCCUGCUGGAACCCUUGCAAAGCCUAACAUGAAGGACCUUGAGUACGUUGAGAAACUGAAGCAGCUGAUAGAAAGGGAAGGAAUUCCUGCACCCUCUCCAAUAGAACAACGAUGGACAGCUAGGAGUAAGAGUCCUAUGAGUCAGGCAUCAAGCUCAUCAGAUGAUGAUAUAUUUUCUUGGGUUGGUAUCAUUAUGUACCUCCCAACGAUGGAUCCUCGCCAGAGGAAGCUAAUAACAGACGAAUUCUUUCACUACAGAUCUUUGACACAAAAUCAGCUGUGGGAUCCUUACUCUGCUUAUGAACAUUGGGCAAAGAUUGAGAUUCCAAAGAACAAGGAAGAGCUCCCGGAUUUGCAAGCAAGGUUAAAGAAGCAUUUCCCUGUGGAUGCAUACAACAAAGCACGGAAGGAAUUAGACCCAAACAGGAUCCUGUCUAAUAACAUGCUUGAGAAGCUCUUCCCGUUGUCAGAAGAUGUAUGAAAAGCAUUCAGCAUACACCAAUCAUGUCGGUUUGUUCCUAUACCAAAAUGUGAAUUAUUUGAUGUCCAAACUCUCAAUUUUUGGUUUGAUUAGAUCACCCCCUCUCUUAAGUUUAAUCUUUUGCUCGUCAAAAGAUGCCUUUCUCUUUUAACAUGUAUAACAUAGAAAGGUAGUUAAUGGAUUUUGACAUGUGAAUGUAACAGUCAUUUCAUAAUCUUUUAUAUCUACAUUUAAUUAUAUAAUAAAAGUCCUUUCAAAGGUGGUGGCAUCCUUAUGCUCAGUUACACA